ACACACACACACACACACACACGGAUCUCCUCCGCGCAAUUGCAGCAAUCUUAGACCUGGAAGGAGCCUGGGGCAGCACGGCGAGCCCGCUUGGGCUCCGGCGCUGGGGGGAGACAUUGGUCAAGCUCCUGACCACAGCUAUUGGCAGAGUUGGGAAGCUCCCGGCGACCCCACAGGCAACUGGUCCUGGGACGUGGAUGCAUGGAGGUCUCUGAGCUCAGAGCUUUUCAAAGCUGGUGUGUUUGUUGAGCUUUUGCCCUCUGUAGAGGGCCAAAAGUACCCAGGCUCUGGAUAAAUGCCCCUACAAUCUUGGGAUGAGAAACUGAAAGAAGAAACUUGAACAAACCAACUGACUUUCAAGCUGCCUUUCCAUACUUAUAUUUCUUAAUAAGAUCCCUCCUUCUCCAGAACUUUCAGAGGGAAAGAAUCAAAUGUAGCUAAAAGAGAAUGACUUGGGUAUAUUCUGAAGAUAGAAUCCUUCUUUUCUGAGUGAAAACAUCCAGUAGAAGUCAGGAGAAGUUCUUCUCCCACCCACCCUUUCUAGUUUCUCCUUCCUCGAAGACUCAGUCAGUGCUGGACAUGAGCCAUCACCCAAGCUAUACUAUUCUUUAUCAUUUUAACCUGAAAAUCUCCCUUGGAGAGAGGUCUUGCCCUUGACUGGGUUAUCCCAGACUUGUAGCGCCUACAGGCUACUCCUUGUCCUGUUCAAGCCAUAUCACUCAGUCCCCAUCUAGACCCAUCUUGAGUCUAGAGCUGCUUGCUUUGAGUAAGAAUUCUCUCCUCUCCAUCUCCUACCACAUGACUCCUUCCCUCUUUGAGCCCCACUACUAGACCCCAAGAGGUGAGUCCGGAAUGAACCUGCUAUGGCCAAACUCUGGGUCAAGUUCCAGCGGUAUUUUCGCAGGAAACCAGUUCGUUUCUUUACCUUGGUGGCUCUCUACCUGACGGCUGGCAGCCUUGUUUUCCUGCACUCGGGCUUUGUGGGCCAGCCCGCUGUGGCUGAGAAUGAGCCCAAUCCAGCUGCCAGUGCCCCCGAGGGAGCCGAGCUGCCAUACCAGGACCUCCUGCACCUGGAGAGGGGCUUCCGGGAGACCCCCGAGUCUCCGAAUGCUGUCCGAAGAUAUGGUCCUUGGCUCAAGAGCACCUCAUCGAAGGAUUCACCCGAGAGGGGAAGGCUGGGAGACUAUGGUGGGACCUGGAGCCGGGCCCUCAAGGGGAGAGUCCUCAGGGAGAAAGAGGAAGAAAGAGCAAAAUACGUCGGCUGCUACUUGGACAACCCCAACAGACGGGCUCUCCGAGGAUUAUCCUUCUUUGACUACAAGAAGAUGACAGUCUUCCGUUGCCAGGACAGCUGUGCUGAGCGGGGUUACCUGUAUGCCGGGCUAGAGUUUGGUGCUGAGUGCUUCUGUGGCCACAAGAUCCAGGGGGCAAACGCAAGCCAGGAUGAAUGCAACAUGGAAUGCAAGGGCGAGAAGAACAACAUAUGUGGCGGCGUCAACCGACUCUCCAUCUAUCGGCUUGAGCUGGCCCAGGAAUCUGCCCGGCGAUAUGGCAGUGCCAUAUUCCGGGGCUGCUUCCACAGACCUGACAACCUCUCCUUGGCUUUACCUGUGACGGCAAUGAUGCUGAACAUGUCGGUGGACAAAUGCGUUGACCUGUGCACAGAGAAAGAGUACCCCCUGGCAGCUCUGGGUGGAAAGGCCUGCCACUGUGGCUUCCCCAAUACUCGCUUCCGCCUUCAUGAUCAGGAAGACGAGCAGCUCUGUGCCCAGAAAUGUGGCGGCGAAGAGUAUGAGAGCUGUGGGACGGCCAAUUAUUUCAUCGUGUACCAGACCCAAGUACAAGAUAAUCGCUGCAUGGACAGGCGGUUCCUCCCGGGGCAGUCCAAAGAGCUCAUUGCCCUGGCCAGUUUCCCAGGUGCAGGCAAUACGUGGGCCCGACACCUCAUCGAACUUGCCACUGGUUUCUACACGGGUAGCUACUACUUUGAUGGCUCCCUCUACAACAAAGGUUUCAGGGGUGAGAGGGACCACUGGCGGAGUGGGAGAACUAUUUGCAUCAAAACGCACGAGAGUGGCCAGAAGGAGAUUGAAGCCUUCGAUGCGGCCAUCUUGCUCAUCAGAAAUCCCUACAAGGCUCUCAUGGCGGAGUUCAACCGCAAGUACGGGGGCCAUAUUGGUUUCGCCUCACAGGCCCAUUGGAAAGGCAAAGAGUGGCCGGAGUUUGUGAAGAAUUACGCACCGUGGUGGGCCACUCACACAUUGGACUGGCUGAAGUAUGGCAAGAAGGUCUUGGUGGUGCACUUUGAGGACCUCAAGCAGGACCUGUUCACCCAACUGGAGAGGAUGGUCAGCCUCCUAGACGUGGAUGUCGUCGAGGACAGGCUCCUAUGUGUGGAGGGCCAGAAGGAUGGAAACUUUAAGCGCUCAGGAUUGAGAAAGCUGGAGUAUGACCCUUACACCCCCGAAAUGCAGAACACCAUCAACUCUUACAUCAAGAUGGUGGACAGAGCCCUCAAGCUGAGGAACCUCACGGGAGUCCCGGAUGACUACUACCCGAGAUGAUGUGGGGAGACAGGAGAGCAAGGGAGGGAAGGAGGAGGGCCAGGGUUCCCAGCUCCAUCCCCUCGGAGCUAGCCAGACGGGUGGGCUCAAUUCCAGUCUUGGCUUUUUGGAUGACCCAUUUUGGAAGCUCCCUGCAUGGAAAUGAAAUCAUCCGUAAGAGGUUGUUUAGCCAUUUCUACCAAUCCAAUAGGUUGUUCAGACACAAACACACACACACACACAUUUUUAUCUUUUUUUCUUCUCUUCCUCCUCUUCAUCCUUUUUCCUGUUCUUCCUCUUUUUCUCUCUAUCUCUUCUUUCUGUCUCUAUUUGUCUGUCACUCUAUUCUCUCACCUUUCUUCUCUC